GGUGUAUAAAAAGGACCGUUCUAGGUACAGCUGGACAUCAGUAGCAGUUGGCAGGUUCUGACCACAAAACCACACGCGGAAGCAGUCGUUUGAUUCUAGUUGAAGCAGUUGAAAUGUUCCGAUUUGUAGCAGUAGUUGCCCUGUUGGGAGUUGCGCUGGCGUACGAGCACCACGGAUACGUCAAUGAGGUCAAGCACAUCCCGUACAAGUACUACGGUGGCAUGGAGGGAGGUAUCGGGGGAGGAAUCGGUAUCGGAGGUGGUAUUGGCGGAGGAUUCGGAGGAAGUCAGGGAGGCUACAAGGAGGAGAGCGGCCUGGACUACUACAGCUAUCCCAAGUACAAGUUCGAGUACGGAGUAAAGGAUAUCCACACCGGAGAUCAAAAGAGCCAGUGGGAGAUGCGUGAUGGAGAUGUUGUCAAGGGAGCGUACACCUUGGAUGAGGCCGAUGGAACCCAGCGUAUCGUGGAGUACUACGCCGAUAGCAAGAACGGUUUCGAGGCCAAGGUCAAGAACAUCGGACACGCUAUCGAGGGAGGUAUCGGCGGCGGAUACGGCCAUGGUUACAGCUACAGCAAGCUGAAGAAGUACAACUAAGCGUCACCCUAAUGUGAGUCUUUGAGCUUCCAUUUCCGACUACUGAGACCUUGUACCUAGUGCUGUGAUCUGUCCUGAACGUGCUACGACAUAAUGCUAUUCCUCAAUAAAAAGUGAACCAAAGCUGAUGUGGGUCGUCAUUUAUCAUCCCGUGUUACAUCCGUUUGGACGGGUACCAGAUGUGUCUCAGCUGACCUUCAGAGUAACCCUACGCUUUAA